GCCAUAAGUUGAAUGAGAGGCUAUCGACAAUCUCAUCCUCUCCAUAUUAUCUACCCUCAACCUCAUCUAAUUUGAACUCACAUUUCCCACUAGCGCUCCUACUGCUGCAGCUGCGCUUGGUACACAACCAUGGCUUCUGCUACUCUCUCUGUGGCCAAGUCGUCUCUCAAGGUCAACAAUCAGGGGCUCUCCGAAUUCGCUGGCCUUCGCAGCUCGGCAGCUUCUCUUCCAUUUGCUCGAAAAACCUCCGAAGACUUUCUCUCUGUCAUUGCCUUCCAGACCUCAGCUGUCGGCGGAAACGGGGGUUACAGGAGGGGAGUGGUAGAGGCAAAGCUGAAGGUGGCGAUCAAUGGGUUUGGGAGAAUCGGAAGGAACUUUUUGAGGUGUUGGCAUGGCAGGAAGGACUCCCCGCUGGAUAUCAUUGCCAUCAACGACACAGGGGGUAUCAAGCAGGCUUCCCAUCUUCUCAAGUACGACUCAACCCUCGGCAUCUUCGACGCUGACGUCAAGCCCGUCGGUGAUAAUGGCAUCUCCGUUGAUGGAAAGGUCAUCAAGGUCGUCUCCGACCGCAACCCAGUCAACCUCCCCUGGAAAGAAUUGGAGAUAGACCUGGUGAUAGAAGGAACGGGAGUGUUUGUGGACAGGGAAGGUGCUGGAAAGCACAUACAGGCAGGGGCCAAGAAGGUGCUCAUCACUGCUCCUGGGAAAGGAGAUAUCCCCACUUACGUGGUCGGUGUUAAUGCUGACUCUUACAACCCGGCCGAGCCCAUCAUCAGCAAUGCCUCUUGUACCACCAAUUGCCUCGCCCCCUUUGUCAAGGUCCUCGACCAGAAAUUUGGCAUCAUCAAGGGUACCAUGACGACCACCCAUUCCUACACUGGAGACCAAAGGCUUCUUGAUGCAAGCCACCGUGACCUUCGUCGUGCACGGGCUGCAGCUCUCAACAUAGUCCCAACUUCCACAGGUGCUGCAAAAGCUGUGGCCCUUGUUCUUCCUAGUCUCAAAGGGAAGCUGAAUGGCAUUGCCCUCCGUGUGCCCACGCCUAAUGUCUCAGUUGUGGACCUUGUUGUUCAAGUGUCAAAGAAGACCUUUGCAGAAGAGGUAAACGCAGCCUUCAGAGACACUGCUGAAAAGGAACUCAAGGGUAUUCUAUCUGUGUGCGACGAGCCUCUUGUCUCAGUGGACUUUCGGUGCUCUGAUGUUUCCUCAACUGUUGACUCUUCACUAACUAUGGUCAUGGGAGAUGACAUGGUAAAGGUUAUUGCUUGGUAUGACAAUGAGUGGGGUUAUUCACAGAGGGUCGUUGAUCUUGCAGACAUUGUUGCCAACAACUGGAAGUGAUCGAUCUUCAAUUCCCUUAUCCCUAGCCUGCUGUUAAUCAACUUCCUCCCCAGUUUUUCUUGUAGAUUUCUGAUUUCAACCAUAUGUAAUCAGAUCAUGUGAACCUCUUUUCUUUUUUGAUGAGUUCGAGUUCGAGUUCGAGUUGAAUUUAUUACAAAACAUUAA